AAAAGAUUCGUGGUUUCUGGAGGCUGCAAUUUCUGAAAACAUUUCUGUAUCAAGAGGCUGACUGGUUUACUCUUCCAUGGCUCUCUCUGUCAGCACCACUCUUCUCCUGACCAUCUCCUGCUGCCUGUGGAAUACAGAAGCCCACAAUUACAAAUAUGUGCUCACUAUACCAAAUGGAGGUCCCUGGGGUGCCUGGGGCUCCAGCGAGUUUUGCUCUGAAGGCUAUGCAAAUGGCUUCUCCCUGAAGGUAGAAUCCCACCAAGGGAGAGGGGAUGAUACAGCUCUGAAUGGAAUCCGUUUGUACUGUGCCAACGGCCAUACAAUUGAGUCUACAGUUGGACGGUGGGGAACCUGGACUGCCCCCCAGAUCUGCCACUCGGGCUACCUGGUUUCCUUUUCUCUGAGAGUGGAACCCCCUCAAGGAAGAGGUGAUGACACAUCAGCUAACAACAUCCAGUUCACCUGCAGUCAUGGUCAACCCCUGCUGGGCAAAGGCCAAAGUUGGGGUGAUUUUGGCCCAUGGAGCAUUCGCUGCCCCUCAACUGGUAUAUGUGGCAUACGAACAAAGGUGGAGGGAAUUCAGGGCAAGGGUGAUGACACAGCACUGAAUGAUGUCAAGUUUUACUGCUGUUAAUGGCUGAUACAUAUUUUGUCACCUAGAAAUACACUUUUAUGCUAUACCUUUCCAAAGACUGUUAAUUAUAGUUCAAUAUUAACUUGAGAAGAGAGGG